AUGGCAGAUGAGCAGGUGGUUAGCUUAGUAUACUAUAAAUCCUCAGUCAAGGAUCCGGGUAUCCGUGGCGUAUUGAGAAUGAACAAAGAUAGGUUUCUGUUCAAUCCUAGUGAUCCGAAUUCGCCAUUGAAACUCAAUGUAGAAUUCGGAACAAUUACUGGACAUAGAUUCACCAGGCAAGAGGCAAAACAAGGUUCUAAACCACCCCAGUGUUUGCUUAAUCUUAAUUAUGAUCAGGGUGGAUAUAUUUUUCAGUUUGAUUCUUUCCCUGACCGGGAUAUCUGCAAAGAUUUUGUUGCCGGAGUUAUUGAAAUAAGAAAUGUUGAACAAAUUAGUGCAGCAGAAAUGGAACGACGGAUUAAUCUGCUGCAGGGGAGCAAUGAGCUGCAGAAACUUCAUAAGCAGUUUGUGAUUGGAGAAACCGCGGUUUGCCGAGCGUAUCUAGAUUUUGUGCCGGAGAAGAUGUCCGAGAAGGAGUUCUGGACCAAAUACUCAAGAGCAGAGUACUUCCAUGGUACGAAAAAUGUUGUUGCUGCAGCAGCAGAGGCUGCAGAAGAUGAGGAAUUCGCUGUGUUUUUGAAGCGAGAUGAAGUGUUAGCUAAUGAAGCUAAGAGGAAGAUCAAACAGGUUGAUCCAACAUUGGAUAUGGAAGCUGAUGAAGGAGAUGAUUACACGCACCUCCCGGACCACGGGCUAUCAUCACUUGUUGGGGAUGUAAAGUCGGAGGUUUUGCAUUCGCAAUUUGAGCCCUUCAGAAGAUCUUUCUCGCAAUGUCUCAACCAGCAUGCAGCCGUUGUUCUUCAAGGGAGAGUUGUAGAUGUCGAGUCAGGGGAUGUUACUGUUACUGCUAAAUAUUUAGCUGAAGCACUUGCCAGGAUCAAACAGGCAGACUUAGCCAAAGAUGUUUCUGUCGUGAAUGAGAUAUCUCGUAUGAUCAGCAUUGAAGAUCUUCAAACACCUCGCGGACCUUCAGUUGCGCCGCUUAGCAUUAAGGAUUCCCGUGCUUACUUUGAUUCUCGACAAGCCAAUGCUUCGCGGACUGCAGGGUACUCUGGUAUCUGCGAAGACCAGUUAAAUUUUUGUAUAAGUACUACUCUAAUUGAGCCCAUGAUAUCUUCAGAUGUUGCUCUUAAGGUCUUUAAAACUUUGAAUCAUAGUAUUUCAUUCACCAAAUUGAAUGUAGGGAGGAACGUAAAUGAUAGUUUUCUGGAUAGUUUGCCGAAACAUACUAAGGAAGAACUGUUAGAUCAUUGGACAUCAAUACAGGAGUUACUGAGGCAAUUUUGGUCUUCAUAUCCUAGUACCACCAAGUCUAUCUUUUCCAAGGCAACCAAGAUGAAGGAUGCCAUGUUGCAAAUAUAUCCAAAGUUACAGGAGCUAAAGGAAACAGUGCAGUCUGAGCUACGGCAUCAGGUCUCGCUCCUCGUGCAACCAAUGCUGCAGGCCCUCGAAGCGGCUUUUGCACAUUAUGAUGCUGAUGUACAGAAUAGGUCCUCAGGGAAUGCAGGGAGAUUGUCAUGACAUAUCAGUUUUGACCAACAAGAGUAAAAAUGUAGUCAUUUUGAGGGGUCUAUCUAUUGCUUAGUACAAAUUUCAAAACUCAAUGCGAACUAUGUGUUUGGGACAGAAGGAGUAUAUUAGAAGACAUAUUCCACAAGUUGCAAUGGUCUCUAAUGGCCAUCUUAACACAUUGUCUUGGAUUUUUCUUGGCGAAUUUUCAC